AUGUCAACCCAGCCUGAGAGGAAGAAGCCACAUGAACCCACAGUGACCAGCUCGCAUUUUACACCACCGUCGAUUCCGGCGACCAGCGUCGCCAUCUCCGGUGCUAGACCGCCGUUCGCAUCUCCGACCUUUAAGGAAACAGCUGCACAUCGCGAGGAAGUGAGACAGUUUGUUACAAGUUGGAGUCUGCUAGGAGAGCAGAUAUCUAAUAGAAGUUCUCAGUUACUUGGAAGCCAUGUCCCAUCAUUCGACAACUCCACAUGCAUCACUACUUCCUCAAAAGGUCUUCAGGAAAAGGAAGUCGCCGCAAAUGAAGCGGAAGUGCAAGCCCUAGAAUCGUCUGUCGAGGGUCAGUCUCGUGGUGCAAGCGUAGUGAACCUUCCCGCAGCAGAUCCUAAAACUCGUACAGCAGCGUACAUCCACGGAACUCCUGAUAACACAGACGUUCAUCUCAACCCACUCGCUAGGGAGUUCACAGAACAGGAUCGAGGGGAUGAUCACAAGAUACGCCUACACGUGUUUCCGGAGAAGUCCCGAGGUGACGUUUACUCCUCUCCCGAGGUACGUACAGAAGCGAGACACUAUCUGCCAGAAACAGAUAAUUACAACAGACAGGAUUAUUCUCGGAGACAGGACCCUGUACAAGUAAACUCGCUCACACACAGAGCGAAUUGUGAUCCACUACCAAAUACUCGACAACUCACGCAAUACUUGAUGCGGAAGGACCUGACGAUCUCCCGGCUCUAUGUUUUCGACGGAACGCCCGAGUCGUACCGAACCUGGAAAGCAACGGUCAAAAGCGUUAUGGAAGAACUGGAUGUGAAUAACUCCGAGGAGUUAGAUCUACUACUCAAAUGGAGUGGACCCAGCUGCAAGCAGCAGAUUUUGAGUAUCAAGUCAGCAUCAGCAGGUAACCCUAGCCUAGGGUUACUUCGUGCUUGGGAACGCCUCGAGGAGCGAUUUGGAAGUGCAGAAAUGGUCGAGUCAUCGAUAAAACUGCGGGUCAAAAGCUUCCCAAAAAUCUUGCCUAACAAUGUCAAGGUUCUUUAUGACUUUGCAGAUUUAGUGAGUGAAAUCGAAGCCCUCAUGCUAGAGCCGAAGCUAGAGACACUCUUGGCUUACUACAACUCCUCGUCUGGUGUAACUCCGCUGGUGUGUAAGCUGCCUUAUUUUCUGCAGGACAAGUGGACUAGUUCUGCUAUUGGGUUCACGAAGAAACACCAUGUUGUAUACCCACCAUUCACUCAUUUUGCCGCAUUUAUCCGGGAGCAAAGCAAUCUGAGGAACAAUCCUAGUUUCUGGUACUCACGUGUGGACGAAACCCUGUCGAACAGGAACCCACAGAAAGUGCAGAACACUGCGAACCCGCAGAGAGUGCAGAACAAUGUGACCGUUAGAAAGUUGGACACUCAGGUGACAACCGUGUGUCCCAUACAUAACACGCAGCACCCUCUCUCCGAGUGUAUGGUGUUUCGAUUUAAAUCCAUGUCGGAAAGGAAGAGGAUUCUCCUAGAGAACAAUUUGUGUUUCCGCUGUUGCAAAACUGAUAAACACACCAGGAGAAUGUGCAAGGAACAAGUGAAAUGUAACAUUUGUUCUAGUGAUUUUCACCCUUCUGCUAUGCAUCCCAACCGUUCUCCAUCACAGCACGGCGGGGAGGGUGAGGGGUCUAACAGGCCGGCAGUGUCAAACAAGUGUACCAAAGUGUGUAAUGGAAGGUUCGAGGGCAGGUCGUGCUCCAAGACCGUUCUCGCUAGGGUUUAUCCAACGGGCAAGCCGCACCUAGGACAACUUAUGUAUGUUAUCCUCGAUGACCAAAGCAAUCGUACAUUAGGGAGACCCGAAUUUUUCGACCUCAUGCACGUUCCAAAUGGUACCACUCAACCGUACACCCUGGUGUCAUGUGCAGGAGGCAUUAACACACAAGGGAGGUGUGCCAGAGGUUUAACGAUCUCGUCUGUUGAUGAAAGGUUUUCAGUCGAGGUGCCCAGUAUUUUGGAAUGUGAUCAGGUGCCGAAUGAGAGGGCUGAAAUUCCAACCCCGGAAGUAAUCAGUCACCACAGACACUUGAAUUGUGUACCCAUACCAGCCUUGGAUCCCAGGUGUGAGAUUCUUUUGUUAAUUGGACGUGAUGUUCCUGAAGUGCAUCAUGUUCACGACCAGGUAAUAGGGCCUGUAGGUUCACCCUUUGCUCAGAGACUGAAUUUGGGCUGGGUCGUCGUUGGAAACGUUUGCUUGGGUAGAACUCAUAAGCCAGAUGUGGUAGGUGUUAGAAAGACCAAUGUGCUGGGCGAUGGUCGGCCCACUGUGUUUGAACCAUGCGUCAGCACUUUCAUGGUCAAGGAUCGACCAGCUGUCAUGGGCCUAGGUUCAGAUGUGUUUUGGAAAACACAGUUCGAUGACAAACCUGCUUUGUCACAGGAAGAUAGAGCAUUUCUGGCCAUUAUGGAUGGACACUUCCACAAGGGGUCAGAUGGCAGAUGGACUUCCCCGCUACCAUUCAGGAAUCCACGACCUCACCUACCAAACAACAGAUGUCAGGCUCUGCGGAGAGCACGUGCCUUAGAUAUUAAUCUGAGAAAGAAUCCCAUUAAGAGGGAACAUUUGGUGACCUUCAUGGAAGGAAUUAUAGACAGCAGACAUGCGGAAGUCGCGCCUGUUCUACACUCAGAGGAAGAGUGUUGGUAUCUACCCUUUUUCGGAAUCUACCACCCCAAGAAGCCGGAUAAGAUCCGGGGGGUAUUUGACUCGUCAGCGACACACGAGGGUACCUCAUUGAAUAAGGUCCUUCUGAAAGGUCCGGACCUCACCAACAGUCUGUUGGGUGUGUUGUUACGAUUUAGAAGGGAGAGUGUAGCUGUGAUGGUGGACGUGGAACAAAUGUUCUACUGCUUUUCUGUGAGCGAAUCCGAUAGAAAUUUUCUCCGCUUCUUCUGGUACGAGAACAAUGACCCCAACAAAGCACUCAUCGAGUACCGUAUGAACAAACAUGUGUUCGGUAAUAGUCCGUCCCCAGCUGUGGCGAGUUACGGCCUCAGACGUACAGUCGCAGAAUGUGAGAGUGAGUUUGGCAGCGACGUGAAACAGUUCGUGGAAAAGGAUUUCUACGUGGAUGAUGGACUAACAUCAGUCGCGACACCUGCAGAGGCAGUUAGUCUCCUUCAGAGAACACAGAAAGCCCUGGCAACCGCUGGGAUCAGACUUCACAAGAUCAGUUCAAAUUCACGGGAAGUGCUGGAUGCCUUUCCCCCUGGUGACAUUGCUCGAGACCUGAAAAACCUUGAGCUAGGGAGUGAUGAUGUUCCCAUGCAACGUAGUUUAGGGAUGUGUUGGGAUCUGCAGACAGAUUCCUUCAUGUUCGAGGUCUCGCGGCAUUUCAAGCCAUACACACGUCGAGGAGUGUUAUCGACCAUCAACCGUUUGUUUGAUCCACUCGGACUCUUAUCACCUGUGACCAUUCGAGGAAAGCUGAUGCUUCGAGACAUGAUUGAAGAAACCAAAGACUGGGAUGAACCCCUAUCGGAAAGAUUCAAGAAUUCAUGGACUGAAUGGGAACAAUCAUUACAGAACCUUGCCUCCUUGAGAAUGGUGCGGAGAUAUCCGGAGAGGAAACCAGAAACAGAACUACACGUGUAUUCAGAUGCGUCAGAGCAAGCCAUAGCUGCGGUUGCAUUUUUGAGAACUGUGGACCAGGAUGGGAAUGGAAAAGUAGGUUUUGUGUUUGGAAAAGCAAAGGUGGCCCCCAGGCAUGGGCACACGAUUCCUCGGUUGGAGCUGUGUGCUGCUGUCUUAGCAGUUCAGGUUGCAGAGACAGUAGUGGAGGAGUUAUCACUACCUCAGAGAUGUGUGACAUUUCACUGUGACAGUAAGGUAGUACUGGGCUAUAUUGCGAAUCAAACACGCCGUUUCUACAUUUACGUGGCCAAUAGGGUGAGCAGAAUUUUAAAGUUCUCUACACCCGACCAGUGGUUGUAUGUAUGUUCCGAAAUGAACCCAGCGGACAUCGGAACACGGGGAAUCGCUCCAUCACUCUUGGCCCAGAGUGUUUGGAUUCAAGGGCCGUCAGAGAUACAGCCAAGAGACUCUGAUCAGAAAGUUCAUUCAUUGGUGAAUCCAGACGGUGACGAUGAGCUUCGGAGAGAAGUGCACGUGGAGAAGUUGAGUGCCAGAAGCACGAAUGGCCUUGGAACGGAACGCUUCUCCAGAUUCUCUGUCUGGUGGAAGUUGGUGACAGCGAUGUCACUUCUGCGGUACAUUGCUGGAAGAAACAGGAAGGAAAACUCGUCUGGCACAGAACGGCCUGAAAGUCAGAAACACAAAACUCCAGGAAGUUUCAAGGAAACAGAGGGGUUUAUCAUAAGGGAGGUACAACGCGAGUACUUCUCACGAGAAAUCGACCAUUUGAAAGAGAAGAAACCGCUACUCAGAGCAAGUAGCAUUUGGUCACUUUCGCCCUUUCUGGAUGAGAAGGGUAUCCUCCGGGUAGGGGGCAGACUGCGAAGAGGAGAGUUGGACGCUUCUGAAAAACAACCAAUUCUGAUUCCCGGACGGCAUCAUAUUGCGACACUCCUCACACGCCAUUAUCACGAGCGGGUCCAGCACCAGGGUCGACACUUCACAGAAGGCGCUAUCCGAUCCGCGGGCUACUGGAUUACUGGGGGCAAACGCUUGGUGUCUUCAGUUAUCUAUCGCUGUGUGAAGUGUCGUAGAUUGCGGGGAACUCUCUGCCAUCAGAAAAUGGCAGACUUGCCUGUGGACAGGAUCACUCCGACGCCACCCUUCACCUGUGUUGGCGUUGAUGUAUUUGGUCCGUGGGACAUAGUUACACGACGCACUCGAGGAGGAGCUGCCGCCAGUAAGCGCUGGGCUGUGAUGUUUACGUGCUUGGUCAUGCGUGCCAUACAUGUGGAAGUGAUAGAAUCGAUGAGCUCCUCAUCAUUCAUCAACGCCAUGAGAAGGUUCACCGCCUUGCGAGGGCCGGUUCAGGAAUACCGUUCGGAUCGGGGCACAAACUUCGUUGGAGCGACAUCGGAAUUGGGGAUCAAUGUCGCGGAAGGCAAUGUAAAGGAUUUCUUGGACAAAUCAGGAUCCUUUUGGGUGUUCAACCCGCCUCAUGCUUCGCAUUUUGGUGGUGCUUGGGAGCGCAUGAUAGGUGUAACCAGACGAAUCCUAGACUCUAUGCUCCUUGGACCUCAUAAGGAUCUUACACAUGAGGUUCUUUCUACCUUUCUAGCUGAGGCUUCGGCCAUAGUAAACGCACGACCAUUGGUUCCAGUGUCAACGGAUACAGAGUAUCCUCACCUACUCAGCCCCUCUGUCAUGUUGACCCAGAAGACUGGUAGUCAAGCAGAAACUUUCCAGCACUUGGAUGAGAAGGACAUGUUCCAAUCCCAGUGGAAGCACGUCCAAGUUCUGGCUGAGAGAUUUUGGAAUCAGUGGAGACAAGAGUAUUUGGCCUCCUUACAGUCUAGAAGGAAAUGGCAAACAGAGACUCCAAAUGUCAGUGUUGGAGAUGUGGUCCUUCUGAAGGACAAUGAUGCUGCGCGAAACGAUUGGCCUACAGGUGUCAUUGUGUGUGCGUCAGCCAGUGAUGACGGACUUGUCCGAAAAGUUCGUGUCAGAUCUUUUACUAUCAUAUCUGACCGGGCAACGCUGGUUAGUUGGAAUAAAGAUGACUGA